UCAAUACAAAAACAGCAGCAGCAGCUGCUCAUCUUCAUCUUCCGAAACCCUAAUUUUCGUUACACACACUUACUGCGUGUUUUCAAUAAAUAUCAUCAAUUCAAAUUUCCUUUAAAACAGUAUCAUCAAUCUGUAUAAUCUAUCAAUCGCAGAACUCAAUUGCUAUUUUUUUUAUCGAUCUUAAUUACAGUUAAAUCAAACCCUAUUUUUUGUGUUUUUUUAGGGUUUCAAUCCGAUCGAUUUGUUGUUCUAUUUCAAUUUUCUGUUUUUUAGUAGUUUUUUUUUAUAAAUUAUUGAACUUUAUAUAUCCAGGUUCACUUUUGUGUGUGUAUUAAGUAUAUAUAGAUAUAUAUUAUAUAAUAUAUAUAGAUACAGAUAUAUCGAUAUAUCAGUUGAAAGUUUGAGAAUUUGGAUUGAAAAAGAUGGCUGGGGGAAAUAGGAAGGAUGAUUCAGUGGUAAUUAGCAGCAGUAAUGUGUUUGCAGCAUUAGGAAGUUUGAAGAAGAAGAAGAAAUCGGAAGGUUCGUCGAAAAAGGGAGUGAGUUCGAGAAAGGAGAGUGAAGAGAAGAAGGAACAGGUGUUUUGGGCUCCUGCACCAUUGACUGUGAAGUCAUGGGCAGAUGUGGAUGACGAAGAUGAUGACGAUUAUUAUGCGACUACUGCUCCGCCACCGGCUGUUUGGGGUGAUCAGGAAGAUAAGGUGAAAGGACAUGAGACUCCGGUUGAGGAGAGUGAAAGUGAAGAUGAAGGCCUUGAUGAAAUUGAUGAUGACAAUGAUGAAGAAAAUGAUCAUGAAGCAGAAGUACUAUCAGCGAAGGAGUUGGUUGCUGAGAAGCCGGUUGAGGUUUUGGCUCCGAAGGAUACUGACAGGCAGCUUUCAAAGAAGGAGCUGAAGAAAAAGGAGCUUGCGGAGCUCGAUGCAGUGCUUGCAGAAUUGGGUUUGAACGACACCAAUAGCCAAGAAGACACCCGUGGUGCUGCAUCUGAGAAGGUAGAGAAUCAAAAUGGAGAACAGGAGAAGAAAGACAAAAACAUAGCUGGUGGUGAGAGCAAAAGUGCUAAAAAGAAAAAGAAGAAAGACAAAUCUUCCAAGGACACCAAAGAACAAGAACUCUCCAAUGAGCCUGAAACUGGGAACCCAUCUGAACCUAAUGAACCCGAAAAGGCUGAAGACUCCUCUGGUCUUGAUGUUAAGGAGAAGAUCAAGAAAAUGGCUUCCAUGAAAAAGAAGAAAUCUAGCAAGGAAAUGGAUGCUGCCGCAAAAGCUGCAGCCAGUGAAGCGGCAGCAAGGAGUGCCCGACUUGCUGCAGCUAAGAAGAAGGAGAAGAGCCACUACAACCAACAGCCCGUAAGGUAAGGGUUUUAAAGGAUACAAAAUAUGCUGUGGAAUGCUACAAUAAACUUCCGUAUCUUGGUUACAUUUUGAGAUGACAUUUACAGUUUUACUUCAAAAUUUACUUAAACCCUUUAGUUUUUUUUUUUUACUGAACUCUUUGUGGGGUAUUUCACAUUAUCACCACCCGUUGUGCCUUUGGUAGAGAGUAGUAGAGGAAACAUCCAUGGAUGAUACUCCGAUGUUAAAUUUUUUUGUUUUUGCGCUAUAUGGUAGUGACUUUGGAUUAUGGUUACCUUUAUUUUAUGUUGAAGUAAGUGAAUUUGGGAGUUGUAA